AGCGUAACUAAUAACCAGUAUACACAAAUAUCCAUAUAUUUAUGUUGUUAUCUUAUUUAAAUGUAUUGGCGGGUAGGUAAUAAAAACUUACUGUCAGAAUGACUGGGAAAUCAGCAGGACGGAAAGAAAAUAAACAGAUUUUUCAACAGUUAUCGCCGGUUACAUCGAAAUGUUUAGCUAUGGUUGUGUCGCUUGUUGUUGAGGCUAAAGCUGUAAAUGGAAAGGAAAUAUUUGACGAUUUUCAACUUCGGAAUAGUACUUGUUAUUGGAAUUCUGCAUUAUCUGACAGCAUAAAAAAUCUUCAAUAUUUGGGAUUUUUAGAACCAAAUACAAUUUUACUCGGUGGAACUGAUGUAUGUUUGGAAAAUCUGAGAAUGGCAUGGGGUAGAAGAGUUCUAAAUGAUCCACACAACUGCAGGAUUGAGAAAAUUGGAGAUAUUGGUAAUAUAACCAUGCAGGAGGUGCCACAGAAUCAUUUUAUUCCCCUUCCAGAAAUCCUCUGUCUCAUUAUCCUUGACCUCAACAACAAACAGAUCCUAGCAACAGUAGAUAUCAUACAGGCACAGCUAAAAAAAUGUUACCAAGGGACACAGUUACCAAGCAACCAGCUGGUAUAUGAAACCUUGCAUAACUUGAUUCAAGAAAGGAAAAUUUUUCAUACCGGUAGUGGAUACUUUGUGGUUACGCCUGAUACCCUCAGACUCCCGGUUGACCUACCUUCGCCAAGUUUGCCACCUCAACACAAUCCAAUGUAUCUACCAGUAUCUAGAAAUCAAAUGAUAUGUGAUCGAAGAAUGUCACCUUUCACAGUUCCCAUGACAACAGUUGCUAUGACACAGACUUUACCACCAGUUAGAUCUAUUUCUUGCCAAGUGAGCAUAGCCAAUCAAAAACGAGCUAGCACACCAGAACUAAAGCUAGAAGAGACAGAUAAACCAAGAUUACAUCGUAGCCACAGUGCUCGUAGACACAAGGAAAAGAAUCAGAAUGACCCAGAAUCAUUGAAAAAGAAUGUAUCAGUAAGAGCCCAAGAUGACUGUUUAACAAAUAAAGAUGUCAAUGUUAUGAAGAGUAACCUUAAUAAAGUCAAGGAAAAGGGAGAAAAGAAGUCAUUAUUGUCCAAAUUGUUUGGGAAGAAAAAAAAGACGGAAGAGGUUAAAAAAAAGUCUAAAGAACCAGAAACAAAAGAUAAAAAACGUGAAUAUGCCACAUUUUCUGGUCAGUUCCCACCACCUGAAUGGUUGUGGUACCAAGAUCAAUGUAAAAAACAAGAAAGGACAAAUAAGUGGGUGACACAACAAUCUGGAAUGGUUCUGAUGUCUCAUGGGCAUUUAUCUCAUAAAAUACAUCGGCCGACAUUUGAGAUCAAGAAAGACCUACAUCAGUGUAACAGUAUUUCUCCCGUUACUCUUCCUACAGCAGUGUCCAGUAGUAAGCAUCAUAAAUCUCAUAAACAAUCUCAUAAAGUAUCUCCCUCUGAAAAAGCACAUACCUACCAUGAAAUUGAAUCAUUUAAAAUGUGCAAUAAAGCAAAAAAAAUGCAGCAGCCACAUUGUGUUCAAGAAAUGCCACCAGCAUCAAGGUUCCUUCCUAUUAAAGAGUCUCAAGAAAAAAAUCCAGAUAUCAGGGUCCGAAGAUCAAAAUCUUAUAAUCGUAAGUCAAACAGACAUUCAGUUGAUGUUGGAUUACUUCGAAGACAACAUGCUCACCGAGAGCUUCAACAAGAUAUUCAAAAUGAACAAUCAAGAGUAAUGGGGUUGUCUCCCAUGUAUAGCUCAACACCAAGAGAUGUUGAAAAGAGAUGUAUACAACCAAGUGGAGAUUAUGUAGAUAUGUGUUCUAGUCCCGUUCUACGUGAAGUUAAUCGAACAGACCACAGAUCCCACAGGAGAAGAUCUAAACAUUACAAAAGAAUUGAGAAUGACAUUAACUAUGAGCACCAUGGUAUAUUGCCCCGUAAACACAGCAAUAUUGCUAUGUCUCGAGAUAGUGGUGUUAACUGUGUAGGUUUGUCAAAUCCUUCCGAAAAUAACAAUGUUUUUUGCUAUAAUCAGUUAAUGGACUAUGAAAAUGUAAAAUCAAACAACUUACACAAAAGUUGGGAGAUGCAAGUUAAUACUCAACACAAUGGUGAAUUAAAGAAAAAUGAAAUCGUCUGUAUUGCUGAAAUCAAUGCAUGCGUUCCAGAGCAUAAUGAUUAUGUUGAAAUAAACAGUAUAGAAAUGGCAAGAAGUGUGCCAUCAGAAGUAAAUGAAGACGCAAAGGAAAAUCAGCCUUUUUCGAAUAGAAGUGAUGAUAUCGGAUUAAUGGACAGUAGUGAACAGAGUUAUGACACAGUAAUUUAUAAUAAAAGAAUACAAGAUGUAUCUAAGGAAACAGAAAAUUUGACUCUUGGUGAUAGUGGAUUUUACUCUCCUCGAGUAACAGAAGUUGAACUUGGUAAAAACAAAAACAAAGUGAAGGUGCCAUUAUACAAAAACUUAAGUUAUGACCACCAUGAACUGAACAAUCUCAAAGAUUUUCAGAAAGAAAAAAUAGUGCUAAAUAAUGAAUUCUACAAGGAGCCAUCUCCUUCAUCUGAUUAUCAAAUUGUUGGUGUUGUGUAAAUUAAUGUUGUGAUUGUGAUAAGGGAGAUAAUUAUCAAAAUUUAUAAAAGUACAUGUACAUGCACUCAAAUAUAAGCAUGACAAAGUGAGAAGAAAAAUGAUUUCAAUUCA